AUGGAGCCUGCCAGCUCACCAUUGGUAGCAGAGGUAAUGGCACUGUGGUCAGCAGUUCAACAACUUCAUAGAUUGUCGUAUACCAAAGUAAUAUUUCUAGGGGAUUGCUUGAAGCUGAUAAAAAUAUUGUAUGAUAAAACUGGAGGAAACCACGACCAAAGAGAGCACAUUCCUGAUGUGAUUAACAUAAUACAAGACAUAGGAGUGAUAGCAAAAAAAAAUGUAGUUUUAGUUUUGAGACAUGUCCCUAGAAAACUAAUAGAUGUUGUUGACAAAUUAGCCAAGGAAGCUAGAGUUAAUGAUAGAGAUUAUAUAAUUUCUUGGCUAAACUUUUAG